CCAUAGCAUCGGCUCUUCAGCGACAAAUAGAUAGUCAAAUUUCAAACGUUUUUUUUUUUUUUUUUUUGCUUCGACAAAACAAAUUGGUCGAAUAAAAGAUAUUGGUAAUGUCGCAGUUCCGAAAAAUGGUUGAACAGUCAUCCAUUAGAAAGUUACCGUCAGCAUCUCAACAAUCGAAAUCCAAAACCCGAUACGAAAAUGUGAGCCCUAAAACCAAUUCUGGAUAUCAUGUUGGAAAAAUGAUGGAGGAUUUUGAUAUUAUUCAAAGAAAUUUUCGCUUUAAACCUGAUGAAAUUUUUCCACGCAUUAAAUUAUCAUUGCUGGUGUCUCUGAUCUGUGAGAGUAUAUAUCUCGAGGCUGAAUCUCACCUAGCAAAGAAUGAAGCAACGGGAGAUGCUGCUGCCACAACUACUGCAAAGACUACACUUUCUUCAUAUAGUACCCAUCUGGAUAAUGAACAAGAAAAGAAGGGCAACACUGACAUACCAUAUCUUCUCCUAGAUGUGAGGGAUUUGGAUGAAUAUAACAAGGGUCACAUAAUCACUGCAGAAAACUACCCUAAAAGUCUGCUAUCACGGGCUAAUUUUGAAAUACCCUCCCUUCUCAAAUAUAAAAACCAUCCGGAACACGUAAUAGUCGUUUAUGAUGAAGAUGAAAUACUUGCACCGCAGGUUGCUACAACUCUAAUGGAACGAGGCUACGAUAAUGUUUUUAUGCUAAGUGGCGGAUUGAAAGUAGCCAAACAUUGCUUUCCACAUUCUUUGGUAGUAAUCCCAGAAGUAACUAUGACUGUGGAAAAAAGUCAGAUACUAGAAACACAGCUCCAGCAGAUGAGUUUCCGCUAUCGCAAAUGACUUAUUUUAGAACUCGUGAUCGUGGUUUUGCACCUAGCAUGUUCGGAUUUAUUAUGAUUAUAAAAACACUAAAAAAAUUUGGAAAUUUGAAAUUACAAGCGUUUAAAGAGUAGUUAUCUAAAUUACUUGUCCCGUAUCUCCUUGCGACACCAAAUCGCACAAUUUCAUGCUUACACGUGUAUGAUGAAGUGUUCAUUUUCUUUUCCUUUCUGUUACCAUUUCGUUCUGUUGGCAUAUCUUAACUGAAACCCAUGUUUAAAUAAACGCAAAGCAUCAGAUUAA